UUUUUCAAUUUGCCUGCAAUAGCGCAUCUCACCAACCAACUUCACCUCUCCGCUUGCAACCAUGGCCAUCACCCCAGUCUCCGAUGCUGAUAUCGCGGUCCAAACAAAGCUAUCGGCUGAGCAAGUUCGCCAAACUCUAACGCGAGAGUACUCGACUCUCCGCUUCAGAAUCGAGUACGGCAACUACCUGUCCAACCACCUGCUGCACGCAGUUGUGGCGCUACAUGAUCUCGGUGCAAACGAACAAAAGAUCGCAGAUUACGCCGCGCACUACACGCAAAAACUCGAAGCCGAGGGCCCUGACCACGAAGACGUCGUAGAGCACGUCGAAGCACUCGAUAUCCUCUCGGAUGAAGAAGCUCGAGCGUUGCUGGGCAAGCGCCAGCAGUACGAUGCUCUGCUUGCGUACUACGCUCACGACGUCAAGAAACUCGGAGUCGAUGGAGCUGUGCGCAAGCAUUUGCCAAACCUUUUCAGCGGCUUGGCUGGCGCUUUGCUGCACGGAAUUAUCCAGCUGGGCUAUGCGUAUCACAUAGGCGGUGACCGUUUUGUAGCUGAAGGACUCGCCUACCAGCACCACUGCUACUUGCCGUUUGAUGAGCCAAAGAUGGCGCUUCCUAAAGAGCCACUGCGCCAAUUCACCCGUCAAACAGUGUUUGAAGUCGUGGCCGCAGUCACUAGCAACGAAUUCCUACGCUCGGAGCAGGAUCGUCUCGUUGCGAUCUCGCCAGUCAAGGACCUCGACAUUGGCUGGAUCCAGCGCGGUGUCAACGUAUUCUCUGGACACCCGGAACGCAACAGUCCUGAGGCUUUUGCUCUCAUCUGGAAUCAGAUCAACGAGUUCGACUUCUCCAAAUUUGACGGCAGCUACGCUCUCGACAUUGUAAUGUGGCUAUACGUCAUGUUAAAGCACAACGACUUCAUCAUUCUCCACGCUGCCACGUCGGCCUGGUCGCUCCAGCAACUGGAGCAUCUGCUGUCGCCGUCCGACAAGGCGAAGGCGUGGCGGGUGUGGCUGCACGUGGCGCUGUCGGCGCUGGUGACCUCCCGAUCCCGCGAUUUCCGCGAGGAAGACGUCUGUAGUCCGUCCGGUGACCUCGAAGCUUGUCUCGCUGCGCUCCCAUCCUGGUCACAGUUGCGUGAGAAGGCGCUCGCCCUGCCCGGAUUCCCUGACGAGCACGUCUACAAGAUGGUGCAAGUGGCCGAAGACCACGCCCACGCCAACUACGACAACGCUAACUCCUUCCUAUCGCCGACUGAGCGCGACUUCGUUGCUCGCACCGCCGCCCUAACUGUCAUCACGACGCCGUUCAAGCCGUACUCCCAAAAGCCGCCCAAGUAAAGUUGAAGUUCAUGCUUGAUCAUAGUUUAGCUGUUUGCUUUUCAAUAGGUUUAUGUGGUCCACAACGAGUGCAACUUGAUCUGAACAAAAAAUCCUCAAUCCAGAUUAUGCUCGAUUACAGUUCUUGUGUAACCCACAGCAUGUGCAACUUUUCCACUAAAAGAUCGUGCAACAUAAAAUCCUCAAUACAAUCUUACAGUGUAACUUACACAAUA